ACAUCUUAUGGUCAGAAUUACGUCCCUCCACAAAAUCCGGCCAUGUUUGCUGGGCAGCAACAACCACAGCAGGUACCUCCAGCUGUUCAGCAGCAGCGUAUGCAGGCUUAUCCAGCACAGAUGAAGCAGGUAGCUAUGGCCGGUGCUCCUCCUUUAGGUCCUGGACAGUUUCGAGGCCCUCCUGUUGAGGAAACUGUUCAACCUCCUCCUCCAAAAAAGAAAAGGAAACCAACGAAGAAACAACAACAGAAGGAAGCGGAGCUGGCCGCUGCCGCAGCAGCACAGCAACAGCAACAGAAUGCUGCUGCGGCAGCUCAGGCACAGCAACAGCAGCAGUUCUACAACGAUCGCAUGUUGCAUCCUGCUGCUAUGACGUCUGCUGGCAUGCAAAUGAUAAGUCACUCUGGAUAUCCACCUAGCGCUACCUACCCUAGUCAACCAGGAAUCCCUGCUGUACCUCCUCAAUAUCCAGGAUAUCCACAAGGAGCCAAUCAACAACAACAACAACAGUUGCAGCAACAGCAACAACAAGCGUUAUGGCAUCAGCAGCAGCGGAUGAUAUAUCAACAACAGCAUGGGCAGACAGCAGCAGGUCCUCCAGGACAAACUUGGCCGGGUCAGCGAGGUCCCCCUGUACCGUAUCCAACGCCAAUGGAUGCUAUGCAAUGUGGUCCAGGCUCUGUGCAUCCCACAGUUUCCCAACGUACCUCAGGCUCUGGAGAGUAUUCCCGUGAUGGCACUUCGCCGGCUACGCCCCAUCAGUUCAACCCCGGCAGUCAUCAGGGAGUUUUGAUGGGUCAUGCUGGAACUCCCAUGUCACGAGCUGAUUCGCAGGGAAGCAUGUUUGGCAAUACAUCAUACUCGCAACAGCCACCAAGUGCGCAACAAUCUGUUGAAAGCGAACAUCCAGUGGAUAAAUUGUUUACGGCACAUGAUGACCAACUGGCUGAUCUUGGUGAUCUCGAUGACAUAGAGCCAAUGUUAGAUCUCGGUGUUGGAGUGUUGGAUGAUUUGACAGCAAAUGCACAAGCUGAUGCACUUGGAGGCUUAGGCGCUCAAGUAGGCGGUUCGCUAUCGGUGGAUCCUUCCUCAACAUCUGCGCAAGCCUCUAACGGGGAUCGAAUAGAUUCUUCAAUCGCGUCGGUUGUCGAGAUGGUGUCGAAAAGUGGUGGUGCACCUUCUAUUUGUGGAGCACCAGCGGUUUCCCAAACAGGGACCCACCCUUCCGUCGCCGGUAAUGCUGCUACUGUAAAACGUAGGCCAAGCAAUGCUCAAAUGGCUGCGAAUAUUGUGGCCGUAGCGGGUCAACAGCAACAGUUGAUUACUGGUUACUAUAGUCUUCGAGGAGAACAGCAGUUGUCUUAUACUCGUGGUUUUGAUGGAGUUUGGGUUAAAAAGUUUGGGUAUAUAUGA